GCACGAUCCGUCGUUGGAGCAAGAGACAUUUGACACUCUCGUGCCAUUUAUUCGAAAGUGAACGUGUUCACGCGUGUCGCCCUAUCGCGUUUUACCGAUAAGGACAAACGAGUCCGUUUCGACGGAUGGACAGGCGAAAUCUUUCCUUCUGAUUUCGGCCGACACGCGUAUACAAAUAUCAAUUUGCGAUGGAAGACGACAGACCCGCGAGAAAGCGAUCACUUUCUUCCAAGAGGACUGUGUUCAAGUACAAACUGCUGAUUCAGUGACAGGGUGCCGUUCUCAGGGGUGAACGCGCGCGACCCUCGCACGUUGUUCGUUUAUUCACGGGACACCCUGGACCUUGCAAGGUGGACAUAAGUUAAAUUUUUCAACGGGAUAGUGUGUGAACAGUAACGUGCGACGUACGAGUGAAUCAUCUGGCGUGUCGUCUUGAGCAAGAGUUAUCUCAUUGAUCGGUCCAGGAGCAGCAUAUAGGUCGUCCGCGCUAACGCGGCACGCUUAACGGAUUUUUUCGACGGUCCAACAACGCGAACAUAUACAAUCGUCGAAAGUGAUUUUUAAUACCGACCAGGCCAGGGGGGGUUCGUUUACGAUACUCCCUGGGUAGAUUGACAUUUACGUGCCAAAUAAACGUGCCAAAGCGUAUUCACUGAAAGUACAAGUUUUUAUUAGUAUUAUCUUACGGAUUGUUGAUACCGUUGUCGUUGUUGUUACCGUUUUAUUUGUAAGUUUGUACGUGGGGUUCGAGACUCGAGGACUCGUGAUUUAUUUGUACGGACGUUUUAUAGUAUUGUUAAGCGGUUCGAUGAGGAACAAUUACCGCAAUAUGUUUUUCGCCGGCUACGGAUAUUCCAAUCAACAGCAAAAUAGCCCGCCAUCGCCGACCAGGACGAACGUUUGGGGCACCGUUUACAGUCCAUUCCGGAAUUCAAGCAUGUCGUUGCACGAUAUCACGAUGAGCCAAACAAUACCACUGAUGAAUGGUACGAAUGCAAGAACGCCUGAAAAACUCUCCCCGAUGGGGGUGAUCGGAACCAGGGAGGGGGCGGGAGUCGGCAGAACGAUGAAAGUUUACGAGGAUGAGUUGGAGACUCUAAAAAAGGAGAACUUCAACUUAAAACUGCGAAUUUAUUUUCUCGAGGAACGAAUGGGCAUCACACCGGCGGACAAGAAUGCCAUAAAAAAGAACAUCGAACUGAAGGUUGAAAUCGAAACACUGAAGAAAGAAUUGGUCGAGAAGCAGGAAUAUCUUAGGCAAGCAGCUAAGGCGUUCGAGAUGAUCGAAGAGCAAAAAGCAGUGUCCUUGCGGGACCAAACGCACUACCAACAGUCGCUAGAAAAUGAACGGGAGAAGAUCAGAAAGCUUGAGCAAGAAUUAGCAGAAUACCAGGAAAAGGUACCAGAUGCAUCCAUCUACUAUAAGGAAGCCUUCGGCAUCACGCCAGAAAACGCACUGGAGAACGAGGAAAAGUUGCGCCAAAUGGAAGAACUUGUUGCAUCCCUGGAGGCGGAGGUGAAGCAGGUGACGGGUAGCUUGGAAGAGGAACGCGUCUGGGCGCAAGAACUCGAGAGCGAGAGGGACGAGUUCAGAGAACGUUUAGAGGCUGAGACACGUUUAAGAGAGAAUUCGGCCGCGGAGAGGUUGCAAGACAUGGAGGGGCUGCGAGAAAAAGUCAAGGAAUUGGAGGAACAGCUGCUGAAAAGGGACACCGUCGUUCAGCAGUGCAGGAACGAGCUGCUCGAGAAAGAAAGAGUCAUUAAGGAGAAAAAUGUCCAGCUGGAGGAGAAGUGUCGGGCGUACGAGGAGCUGAACGUGGUUUCUGAGAAAAGAAAGAAACAAGUCGAUCAGUUGAGGGCGUCUAUAAAAACCAGGGACGAUGCCCUCACGGACCUAAACAACAAACAUCGUGCUUUGCUCUCUCAGUUCGAAAACGGUUAUGCCAAACGAUCACCACCUAGCAGCCCGUCGGCGAUGAGUCCAAUUGAAGAUCCGUUGCAGUCGAGAAUGGAACAGAAGGCAACCUGCGCUCAAGGGACAACAAAGAGAGGAAACACUUGUCUCGAUUGGGAACCGAACAGAGAAAGGUCAACGAGAGUAAAGAUUCCGUUGCAAGCACUUGGCGAAGAGAUCAGAGACGUAAGAGAUUUGAUCAAGGAACUGGAAGACAAGGACAGUGAGUUGAAACACCAAGAAGAGACAAGGAAGCAGUUGGUGUUGAAAUUGUGCAAUAUGCAAAAGCACGUUGAGACCACGGAGCUCAAGUUAAAGAAAUUGGAAUACAACCAUGAGAAGGCGGUAAAAGUUAUCCAAGGUUUCAUGGAGAAGCAGCGCAAAUUGGAAAACAUCAACCUGAUGAAGGAACAAAAGAUCAUUGAGUUGGAGUUUGAACUGAGCAGGCUACAAGAGUGCGAGAACUUGAAGGCGGGAAGGGACUUCAGCACCAACAUAACGGAUAAUCCUGAGCGUGAUCCCAGCAAUCAGCGGCGAUUCGACGAUAUGGAAGCCAAAAUAAACGACCUACGAGACCAAGUAGAGACCAUCAAGGCUGAGAAGAGUCGUUUGGAGAAGCAGAUAGAAGUUAAAUCGGAGGAACUCCAAGGCCGCCUACAAGACAGAGAACAAAAGAUCCAAGUUCUGGAGACCGAAAAGCAGACGAUGAAGGAGCAACUACAGGAUAAAGCUGAUGAACUCGAGAAGCUGAAAGAAACCACGAGAAACGAGCCCGAAAGCCCGACCGAACGAGAGGAUCUUCUCCGCGAGCUGAAGCUGCGGGACGUAGAAAUCGAGGAGAAAAAUCGAAAGAUCGACCAACUGACGAAGGAGUUGCAAGUGAAGACGCAGAACUUACAACAGCUGGUCAACACGGAACUGUGGAGCAAGAACAAGGAGAUCGCGAAGCUUCACAAUCAUAUGACCGCCAGCCACGGUCACGAGAGGAGCCGAAACAAAUCGGACAUCGUCCAAGAAAGCGCCAGCUCUCAACUGUCUACGUUGAUCAAAGAGCUGAACGACAUUGGUAUAAAGGUGACGUUCACAAAUGAGGUGAUUCAACUGAACUACGUCGACGGUAACAAACUCAUCGACGUGAAAACCAUGACGGACUAUGUACAGAAGCUGGUAACGCAGAAGAACGAGCUGGAGAAGGAGGUCGAUUACUUAAAAUGGCUGAAACUGGUCUCCAUGCCGGAUAUCGCCACGGAGAUGGACGGAUACGGCGACAAUCAAACGGAGAGAGCCAACAAGUACUGCGAAUUAUUACGCACUCACCUCAAGGAUCUGGUGAAGUUCAUGAAGGAGAUGUUGAAGAGCGUGGAUCACGCCGAUACGAUUGGCAACAAACAUAAGAAAAUCGUCCUCGACGUUCUGAUGAGCUCGAAGAUAUUGUCCGAUGACUUUGUGAACGCGCUCGAAGGGAUUUCGAUCAACGAUAUACCGUUCAGUCUGGAAGGAAUGAACGCGAGGUCGUUCGACAAUUCGGUGAAGAAGAGUCGAUCGGAGAAUCUGCUCAGCGCCACCAAGCAUCAAGCUUCCACGCAAUCCGAUUCGGAGGCAUUCUCGGAGCCAGAUAGAACGGUCUCCAUGGCUAGAAUUGGACUGCAGGAAACGCAACAGAAGUCUUUGAGUCGGUCAAGGUUCUCAAAGUACACCAAAACGUUCAGCGAUUCCGAAGAUUCUUUGGAAUACGUGCCUUACCAUAAAACUUAUCAGAACGAUCUGAACGAGACCGAGGCUAGCAAUCAUAUACAAGAACUAAAGGAAACCAACGCUCUCCUGUAUACUGAACUCAGCGCCCUCAAGAACGAACUGCAUACUCAGGUUUCUUUUGACUGUGCAUUCAACGAAAAAAUAUCGCCGUUGAUCGUGAAAUUGGAAAAGUCGCAAAAGUUCUGUGAAAAAUUGCAAUCAUCCUUGGACAGAAGAAUGCACGAAAUUCACGCGCUAAAGAAGGAAAGUAAGCAGAAUAACAUUUGCAGAGCGCAAUUGGAGAAGAAAUUGGUCGAUUUGGAGAGUAUGGCCACUGAAAUGAAUAAACAGAAAGCAGAGUUGAUGCAAUAUAAAGAAAACACCGAUAAAAAAACCGCGGAUAUGCUCGUAACGCUCAACAGAGAGAACGAGACGUUGAGGGCGCGGAUCAAGAAAUUGGAGGAGGAGAACGAGGAUGCCAAAGCAACUAUAUUAACAGUCACGAAGGAGCUCGAUCACCUAACUCUCACUCACAGUCAAAUUCUCGUGAAGAACACGAAGCUAACGAACGAUAAGUUACGUUUGGAGCAAGAAAUUAGGAAAUCCGAGAACAGAUGCGACAUGACCGUCCGUUCUAUGCAUGACAAAUUCAACAAGGAGAUCUCGGAUCUGAAUCAGAUCAACGAGUCGCACAGAGUAAGAUUACAUGAAUUGGAAAUUGCCAACAAAGAGCUACGAAGGCACGUUGCAAUGUGCGAUGCGAGUGAUUCAGCGCCAAGUUCUAGCGGCGUAUCCUCUCUACCCACAGAUGCGAUAAUUAAACAAACUUGCGAGGACAUCAUGCAAGAAUAUCAAUCAUAUAACAAUUCGCAGUACUGGCUGCCUGUAGGUUACUCGACGCUCGGUGGCCGCAGUAAAUCAAGUUGUUCGCCAGAUUUAGGGAUCGAAAGCGACGCAGCUGUGACGACCAUGAGGCCGUUGAAAGAUACGUUGAAAAUUACCGAGUCGAUGACUAAUUUAUUGAGCGAUGAAGAUAACGGCAAUAGCAACAGACCAGUUAGAGAAGUGGAUAACGAAAGUCCUUUGCCGAUAGAAGGUCUAGAUGAGGUGGAAGCUUUGAAGCAAGAAAACGAAACGCUAAAGAGAAGGUUGAUGAAAACGAGAAGGGCAUUAGAGGAUACUUUCCAGCAUCUUUCCGCGUCGAAUAAGAACAAAAAGAACGUCGAGAAAGCUAUAACGAAACAGCUGCAGAUUACAAAGAGUAUACUCAAGAAAACAAGAACGUACGAAGAGCCAUUAGACAAUUGACAGAGAUGAGGGAGAUCGACGCGAGCAAAAAGAAAGAAAAUUGUAUGCAAGGAAAAGAAAAGGAGCCGCGAAGUUGCAUAUUUUAAAACUGACGUCGAUGUUUAUUUUUUAUAGCCGCGACUUUGCUACGUUUCUACUCGUUGCGUGCAAUCCAAUUUGUACAAAUUAACGAUCGACCACGACGCGUGUUAUAUCUUGUAAAAAAAACUCACGAAAAAGUAUUUUGAUACAUUCACGAAUCGUUAACCAAAAACACAUAAAUAUUAAAACGUUGAUCAAAAGCGUGCUUCGCGAAAUAAGAUGGAAUUGUAUAUUGCGAGUUUUGUAUAUAAUUAUGUAAGUGUACUCGAGCUCUUUUGUAGAUUGUCUCUUCUUACCAAAGGUUCGUGCAACCUUUCCAUCGAAUCGGAAACUGUCCAUUUGUCAUAUUUCGUUUUUCCACGACAUAAAUUUACCCGCGUGUACAUAUAAACACCAAUGUAUCAUUACACAGCAUCUGUACAUAGUCUUCGCAAAUAAAGUGCCAUUGAUAU